CAGCAAUGUCAGUGGAACUGAAAACACAGCAGUUUGUAACGACAUUAGAGUAGCUGAUGUACGUAGUAGGUUGGAUUGGGCUGGAUGGCGGUAGAAAAGGUGUUUGCAUUCGAUCUCGGCGUACAUGUGUUUGUGUGAAAGACCUUUAAAGGAAUAGAAAGUACUGACAAACAGAUGAAGAUGGAAGAUGAUGCUGAUAUUAGGGAGCAGAUAUUUCACAAUACCGUUCGGGAGAAUAUUAUAUUCCUCUUGUUGCUGCUGCUUUUGUAUGUGUCGAGCUAUGCAAUCAUUAGGAGGUUUAGAAGACAAGACCGAGAAGAUUAUUUCUCUACAGAUGAAGAUGAGGUCACAGUUUACAGGAUCAGUCUGUGGCUUUGUACAUUCUCACUGGCCGUGUCAGUGGGUUCUGCACUGCUGCUCCCUAUCUCCAUAUUGAGCAAUGAGAUCCUUCUCUACUACCCCAACAGCUACUAUGUGAAAUGGCUCAACAGUUCACUCAUACAAGGUCUGUGGAAUCACGUGUUUCUCUUCUCCAAUCUCUCUCUUUUCGUCCUGCUGCCGUUUGCUUACCUUUUCACAGAAUCUGAAGGUUUCACAGGCUAUCGCAAGGGUUUGAUGGCACGAGUGUAUGAAACAUUCGUAGUUCUGUGCCUUCUGGCAGUCGUGUUACUCGGAAUGACAUAUGUGAUGUCUGCCCUUAUUGACAAGGAACAGUCGAACAUAUACAGGUUGCUCAACUUGUGGAGUUACUAUUUACCCUUCCUGUAUUCAUGCAUCUCAUUUAUUGGUGUUCUUAUGCUGUUAUUGUGUACACCUUUGGGGUUUGUGCGUUUGUUUGGUGUGGUUGGACAGUUUCUAGUGAAGCCUCAGUUUCUUCGUGACCUAAACGAAGAGUUCCUUGUCGCUCGACUAGAGGAAGAUUGUGUAAGGAGACGACUCUCUCAGGCAAGAGCUACCAGCAAGUCAUACGUGUCGCCUGCACCCAUGUGUCGUCUUCCUAUUCACCCAGGCUGUGAAGAUGAUGUUAUGGAGAACCCUUCCAAUGGCCUUAUGACGCUCCAAAAUGGAGCUCUUCAGUCUGGUCUUGGGGAAAGACUCAGUGAAAUCCAGUCAAGGAGGAAAGUUCUAGACAAACAAAGACAUACCUCAUCACUACAGAGAAACCUGAUGUAUCCUGUGGCCAUGCUGUUGCUGUGUGCAAUGACAGCAGUCACAGUGCUUAUGGUACUCCAGAAUACACUGGAGUUGCUCAUAGGAAUAAAAGCACUUCCACUUAGUACAAGGCAAUUCACAUUAGGUAUUAGUUCUCUGUCCAAACUGGGUCCGGUGGGUGCAGCACUGGAGAUAGCGUUGAUAUUCUACCUGAUUGCCACAUCAUCUGUUGGACUUUAUACUUUACCGGUCCUAUCAAGAAUGAGGCCAAGGACCAAAAUGACCUCGCUGACUCACAUCAUAGCAAAUUGCGGCCUUGUAUUGAUAUUAAGCUCAGCAUUGCCUCUGCUUUCACGCAUUCUAGGUAUCACAAAUUUUGACCUUCUUGGUGACUUUGGACGUAUUGAGUGGCUGGGCAACUUCAAGAUUGUCCUCCUGUACAACAUUGUGUUUGCUGCCUCAGCUACUCUCUGCCUUGCCAACAAGUUUACUGCCACAGUUAGGAGAGAACUUUAUGCUCGACUGAAAAGUUUCCUACUGACAUUGCUCCACAAACCACGAGUACGACACUCAACAUCAUGGAUCUCAUCCAGCUCCAGUUUGACAUCAGGAAAGGAAGACUGACAACAAAGCUUGUGGUUCUUCUGUCAAGAUGGAUUUCUGAGAAACAAACCAAAGAUUAAAAGCCUUGCAGAACAAUCUUUUAAUUGUGAUCAAUAAAAUAAACUGAAGCUAAGGAACGGGAGUAAGUGCUGGUGUUAAAAAAGUGUUAUUUUUAUCAGUAUAUUUACAUAUCAUUGGAUGUGUUUUUGUAUCACCGAAUAGUCAUGCGAAAACAGUACAGUGUGAUCAUCAGUACACCAAAUGCAAUAAUUAGAUUAAAUUUUUACACCUUAAAUAAAAACAAAAUACUGAGUGUGUUUGAAUAGAUUUUUUCCCUUCGUUGUUGUUAAUAUUUAUUUCCUAUUUUGGUGUAUUUGUUACAAGCAGGCUGUACUGUGAACAUUUUGUGCUUAUGUUAAAUAUAGACAGUUCACAGUGGAUAUCAAUUGUACUUUUAUAUUGUUCUGUCACAAAUGCACUUGUAGUCAUAUUUCAUAUGUUCUAGAAUUGAUAUAAGACUGAACUGAUUAAUCCUGUUCUGUAAAGUAAGAUUAUAUAUUUGUGUGUAUGAAUAUGUGACUUUCAUCGUGGAAGACAAUUCAUUGUAUGUUCCAUUU